UAAGAAUUGGAGGGAAAAAAAUGUGAUCUCAGUGAGUUUGACUGUGGCAUGAUUGUUGCUGCCAGACGAGCUGGUUUGUAGCAUUUCGGAACCUGCUCAUCUCCUGGGGAUUUUCACACGCAACAGUCUCUGAAGUUUACUCCGAGCAGUGCGAAACAAACAAAAAACAUCCAGUGAGCGACAGUUUCUGUGGACGCCUCGUUGAUGAGAGAGGACAGAGGAGAAUGGCCAGACUGGUUGGAGCUGAUACAAAGGCUACAGUUACUUGGUGACUCAAACUGGUUUAAUGAACAUGACGUUAUUUUCCUCUGGUAUUUAUUGUCGGAAUUCACCACAGUUUGAUGACCUGUUUGGUUUCUCCGUGGAGGAUGUGAUGAAUGAGGUCAAACGAGGAAGCAAGCUGAAUUGUAAAAAUUGUAAGAGAAAGGGCGCCACUGUUGGUUGUGAAGUCAGACGCUGCAAGAGGUCCUACCACUACCCCUGUGCUAUUAAAGAGGGAGCUAAGACUAUUGAAGAUCCAGAAGAGGGGAAUUAUGGGCUAUACUGCUGCAAACACUACCAGCAGCUACAGAGACCAGAAAACAAUGAUUGUAUAAAUGGGCCUGUCUCUUCCUGCACAAUAAACGGAACCUCCAGCAAUCCCAGUGCAGCUGGAUCAUCUAAGGUGACACAUUGUGACAAACAUGCUCCCUCAUCAUAUAAGAGGAACGCCAAUGACGAUUCUACAGCGGCCGGACCGUCUGUUGGCAGUACAAUGCGUUUGCCUUCCAAGAGACGGUUGAGUUUCACUGACAAACAGGAGGAGAGCCCCUCUAAAUGUAACUUUGGAGGAUGGACAAAGAUAAUAUAUGAUUCUUCAAAUUCAGAUGAGAAUGUACCCAACGCAGAAAUGCAAUUAUUCGCCCCUUUAGAGUCAGAUUUAGAGGAAAGUGCAAAUUCUGUUCCUGAGCAACAAUUUAUCGGAAAAGACACAGAGACUCCCACAGCAUCCACCUCAGGAAAUCAACAGGAGGAUGAGAGCAGCGGUAAAAAUACAGAUGAAGAUGAAACAAUCGAACAUUCAGGCGCUGAUUCAGAGAGUCUGCUGCUUCGUUCGGAGAUCUGCACAAAGGCUCAGUCGGUUUCAAAGACAAGUUCUCCAGUCUCACCUCAGACAGUAUCAACUACAUAUACCAAAGUGAUUUUGGUGGAGAUGGAAAAGAGAGAGGAUGAAGGGUCCAGUCCUGAGAAGAAUCCUGUCCACAGUCCUGAUCAACACACUGCUGGACCCUAUGUCCCACGGCAAAGCUCCACUCGGACCCCUCCCUCUCCUGACCACUCCAAACCCCACAGUGUUACCGGCUCACUUCCGUGCACCAGCUUGGCCAUUUCCCCGGCUCCACAUGAAACCAUUUGUGUUUCCCUCAUCUCCUCCUCUCCCUCUCCCGUGGCCCCCACCUUUGACCCAGAGCCCACCAUCGACUCCCCUAGUUUCUGGAAAAGCUGCAACGCGGCAGGAUGCACACAGGCCAUCUUUACUGAUUUCAUAACUGAGAUGAACGAUAUCUCCAGCAGAAUUCAGUCAGACCAGGCCAGCCAGGGGGAUUAUGAUCUUGCACUUAUAGUGAUGGAGACUUCUGGGAAGCUGGCAGAGCUCGUGGCCAAGCAGCAGAAAGAGCUACAACGGAAACAAACAGAGCUGACAAAGGCAGCAGCAGCUAUGAAGGAGGUCGUCUCAGCAGUGAGAAGAGUCCAUCCACAGCUUCUAUAAGAACACGGACAUCUGGGUUUACAUUUAACCUGCUCUUCUUCUGGGUCUGUGAUUCCCACUGUUGUGUAUUUCUAAUUAUUCGCGCUGAUAUUUUUAAAUUUUUAUACAAACAGCACAAUAAUAUUUUUUAUUGAUUAUGCCAUAAUAUGUACAGAACUGGAUAGGGUUUGCUAUGGAAAUAUAAAACUGUACUAAUAUUUGGUACGAAUAAUUUAAAAGCCCUCGGAAGAUUUAAAAUACUGAAUCUUGCGAUAUGAUCUCAGAUUUCAGCCUGUGAUCGUGAUCAUGAUC